AUGGAUGUCGGAGCACCUCUCCACCCUUGGCCAGUACCCAUUGUGCCAAACCUGCUUGCCGGGCUCCAUGACGCUGGUCACUACAAGCUGGAGCGAUCUACCGCUCUGAGGGGCACGCGCAGCAAUCAACUGGAGCAUGGCGUGCGCUGGUUUGACAUCCGACCAUUCCUCAUAAAGGCCAGCCCAGGCGAUUCGGGCACCUGGCGGACAGGUCACUUCAGCCCGCUCGGAGGUGUCCUUGACUGGCAGGGUGGUUGCGGAGCCUCCAUCGACGAGGUUAUCAACGACAUCAACAACUUCACGAAGGACCACCCAGAGUCGAUCAUCCUCGAUGUCACCCACGGUAAAGGGCUUGACCUCACCAUCGACCAUCGUCGGGAUCUGCUAGACAAAUUCACAGCGGUCAAGCAUGUCUUCCGCACGAUCGCGGACCCUGAGCACGUUGUGCUUGACUAUCUUCCUCUCACCGAAUUCAUCGGGCAUGGCGAAGCGGCCGUGGUGCUCUUGGGCUUUGAUCUUGGCGAGCUCCACCGCCGCGGGUUCUACCACUCCAGCCGCUACUCCGUAUACAACCACUACAUUACCCUCGCGCAGGACGACGUGGCUGCCGUGCUCUCGACGCUGAACCCAGUGCAGGUCUUCGGCCCGGGCGCGGACAACUACAGCGUGCUGAGGCUGACCGAGUCGCACCAGCGCGCGGAGUUCCCUUUCGCACUGCAGAACAUCGCGGGCGGCGAGUAUCCGUCGGUGUUGACGGUUGACAACGUCCGGGACGACGAUGUGAUCGUGUACGGCGGGCGGCACAUCGUGGACCCCGGGGUACACCAGAGGCUCCAGGAGUGUAUCGACGCUCCGCGCGGGUUCCCGAUCUCAAAUGAGAACCUCGGCAGCGACCCGUGGCCCGGCGUCAAGGAGUCAUGCGCCAUCUUCUACUGGGAGGACGGCUGGGUGAAGGGUCGCUACGGGAAGGAGCACAGCUCGCUGCACCUCGAGCAGGACAUCAAGUCAAUCGAGUAUGGUGGGUCGGACAUGAAGAACCACGGUGUGUAUUACCGCUUUUACAGGGCGUUGGUGGAACGCGGCGGGGUGCGGAUCAACAACGAUAACCUGGGCGGAGACCUGAAGGUUGGCCAGAGGAAGAAGUGCAAGGUGCGGUAUCGCGAAUUAAAUGGUAAGGAUACAGAGGAAUACCAAGUGGAUGAGGACAAAGACCUGGAUUUCUGGGAGCGUUUUUCGGAGACCCAGUUGAGCCAUGACCAGUGGUAA